AUGCCUUCUUCUCUGCCGCAUCGCGCCGUCAUCGCCAUCACUUCAGCCACGGCCCCGCUCCACCACGGCGAACCGACGGGGUUCUUCAUCUCCGAGGCUCUGCAUCCCUACAAUGUCUUCAAGGCCGCUGGGUUCGAGGUCGACCUCGUGUCGGAAAAGGGCACGUACGUCGCCGACUGGCUUAGUCUGCAAGAGAGUUUCCUCGACGGCGAAGACAAGAAGCAGUGGGAAGACUUGGAUGGCGAGUUUAGAAAAAAGGUCGACAACAUGCCCGAUGUCAAGAGUGUCGACGGGAAGAAUUACGGCAUCUUCUUCGCGAGCGCAGGCCACGCAGCCUUGAUCGACUAUCCCCACGCAACGGGCUUGCAGAAGAUUGCGACGGAUGUCUGGAACCAAGGCGGCGUGUUGAGUGCCGUGUGUCACGGCGAAGCCAUCUUCCCAGGCAUCAUCGACUCGACGACCGGCAAAUCCGUCAUCGCAGGCAAGACCAUCACCGGGUUCACCACCCAGGCAGAAUAUGAGAUGAACGUCAUGGAACCCAUCCGCAGCUGGGGUGAACCUUUGAUUGAUGAGUGGGCGGAGAAGUUAGGUGCAAAGUAUGUCCGCGCAGAGGGAGUGUGGGAUGAUUUCCACGUCGUUGAUGGCCGCAUCGUCACCGGGCAGAAUCCACAGAGUGCAAAGAGUACAGCCAAGGCUGCCUUGGAGAUCUUUGGGAAGCUCUAG